UACUACUUUGUUUGUCCGGAGCGACGCGGGGAGCGGCGGCAACCCGCCAACCAGACGUGCACAGCUAUCUCAACUGCACGAUGCGCACAUUCAACAAGGCUAUCGUUGAUCAAGACGCCACUCAGCUGCUGCACGCGUUUACCUUCAUCAGUGAUUUGUGUAACGACAACAACUUGCGCAGUUUUGUUUUGACUUAUCCACAUUUUUCACAAGCACUCACGGACGCUAUGAAGGAUGUUGACAACCUUUGUAAGAUAAACCCAGAUGACGCCGGAGAACCAGAACACAUGAUUGAUUGCCUCCGAAACGCAUUGAAAUUUCUUACGGUGCUGGUAAACUUAGAUCUAUAUUCGUUGAGGUGUCAUCAUGGACAUGUGGUGUGUAUAUGUAUGAAAGCAAGUCGCGUUUGUUUGCCAGAAGCGUUAGAACUAUUUGCUGCCAUCGUUGUACAGUAUAGAGAUGAAGGAUGUCUACCUAAAGAGCUUCUGAGUGUUAUUAACGACGGCCUACCAGCACUACUGGUUCCACCUGCUCUGGAACCUGGUAAAGCUGGAUUACAAUGGUUACAAGUAGUGGGUGCCUUAUGCGAAUCUAUUGAGACUCAAGAACGAGUCCUGCAAGAAGUAUCACCGGAUACAUUCGAAGAUACUUUGUAUAGUGUACUGCAGUACACAUCACAGAACGGUCCGGUAGGCUUGGAAGCGUCUCAGCAAGGAGUAGUGGUCGCAUGUCGCGCUGCAUUAUCUCUAGCGCCUCUACACAACACAUGGAGUAUCACACUCAAUAGAAUACUGGCACAUCAUCAGGUUCGCAAGUUCUUAUGCGCUGGAUUGACUAGUUCGAACGGCACAAGACGCAGGCAGAUCUUGCAGCUUAUCAAGCACCAUUAUUUUCCAUCCGAUCAAAUGAACCAGGUGUUCGGUGAGAGUGUACAGAGCGUGUCGGAUAUACCGUCUAGCGGUGGUCCGCUAGAGGGCGGUGGCGGCGGUGGCGGCGGCGAGGGGGCGGAGUCGUGGUGCGCGCCGCGGCUGCAGCCCGCGCAGGAGCACGCCGUCGACAGGCUGGUGGCCGCGCUCACUGAGGCCCUACACACCGGCAAGAUAUCUGACAUAGCGACAUCAAGCGUGAUGGAAUUAUACGGUUACAAGAUGACAUGCUUGGAGCAACGGCUGCAUUCGCAUACUGUAGCAUUGCAGGGGGCGAGUGAGCACAUGGCAUCGUUACAACACUCCUUAGCUAUGUUGCAAGCGACUAAUUCAUCCCAACAGGAUGUCUUGUACACAACACAAAUGCAAAAUGAAAAACAUAAAAAGACGAUAGAAGAGCUCCACAAGCAACUAGAGGAUGCUGAAACGACGCUACGCGGAUUCCGAGCUAAAUUAGCUGCCGAGAGGCUGGACAAGGAAUCGCAGAAAGACAACCUGCAGAAGGAAUUUAAGGCACAGCUGUUGAACAUUGAGAGCGAAAUGAAGGCUCGUGAAAGAGAAGCUGAAGAACGUCUAAAGCAAGCUGAAGCUGAAACUAAAGCUGUACAAAAGAAACUAGAGCAGCAGAUGAACAAAAACAGCGAGUUGGCGGGCGUGUUGAUUAAGUUUGAAGAGCGCGUCAAACAGCGAGACAAAAAAUUGGAAGAGGCCGCUGCCGCGGAGGCCGCGCUUAGGAGGGAAUCGGAACACAAGGACACGUUAAUAAAACAACUUGAGAAAACGGUUGCGGAGCGCGAGAACAGGCUGUACCAGGUGACGUCACAGCUGGAGGAGAUGAAACGAGUGCAGGAGAUGGUCGCCAAGCUCAUGAGCAAAAGCUCAGCAACACCUACUAGUUAGCGACAGGUACUAAAGUUGGUAGUAUUUAAUUUUAACAUUAUAUUUGUACACAUCGCCUAUAAUAUUAGCUAUAAUAAUAAAAAAACGCCUUGGAAGCCAUAAAAUUAUAUGCGAUUUUUUCCGCAUGC